AUGGAGUCUCCUCCCAAAACACCGCCCAGCCGCGAUCCUGAGGAUGAGAUCGACUUUCGCUUUGAGACAAAUGGCACUCCGUGUGAAUGGGGUGAAUCGUACCGUCCAGGUGGCUACCACCCGGUGAUCCUGGGCGAUGUGCUCCGGGAUCGCUACCGCGUCGUCCGGAAGCUUGGCUACGGAUCCUUCUCGACCGUCUGGCUAGCGGCUGAUAUGAGUUUGAACUGCUUCGCCACCUUGAAGGUUUCUGUCGCUGGCUUGGGCGAGAAGGAAGCCGGUGCCAUCGACAAAGGCCUGGCUGUUUAUCGGACCCUGGCGCAGACCGCGAAUCGACAUGUCGUUGGCUUAGGCGACUCAUUCCACCUACGCGGGCCUAAUGGCUGGCAUGCCUGUCUUGUCAUGGACCCGAUGGGCCCUAAUAUCAGCACCUUGCUCAACCGCCCCGAGUUUGAGGACCGGACCUUGGACCCCUGGGACCGCCGGCCACGCUUCCCCAAGGCGUUGGCCCGCCGAAUCCUACGUGAUAUCCUCCUCGGGCUCCGCACCCUCCAUCAACACGGCAUCGUACACGGCGACCUGCACCCUGGCAAUAUCCUGACCACCAUUCUCCCGCUCGGCGAGCCUCUCGGCCAUGACCCCUCCAUACUACAAAAGGUCCAGCAACUCCCAAGCGAGGGAACAUGCGCUGAUCCGACCGCGAUGGCAAGACCGAACCUCUGGGCGCCGUCGUAUCUCUUGGAAAGCCGCACCGCUGAAGGACCUGGUAAUCGCCAUCCGCCCGCCACCGUCGUCACGCCAGUAGCUCUCCGCCCACCCGAAUCCAUCCUUCGCAGCGCCCAGGUUCCGUUGGGCAAGGGGAUCGAUAUCUGGGCCUUCGGCUGCCUCGUCUAUGAGUUGGUGAUGGGCCGGAAUCUUUUUGUCGGGCUCGAGGCGCUGGAUGGCCACGACGCGUCGGAUGAGGGGAUCAACGACGAGCACCUUAUUCAGCUGUCCGAGGUGCUGGGGCCGUUGCCCGCGGAGUUGGCCUCGCACUGGCGGCGCCGCGAUCGGUACUGCGAUACGGACAGUAAGCGGUUGCAAGCCACCAUCCAGCAUAAUAACGCUGGAGAUGAGGGAGACGGUAUGGACCAUGACGGUGUCAAUGUUGAUGAUAGCAAUGAUGGUCAAGCCCAAGGAGAGGCCAUCCCAGGUUCGCCCUUGGACGAUAUAAGUGAAUCUUCGGAUUUUUGGCUCGCCAACGUGGGCCAAUUUUUACCUCUGGAAGAUCAGCUGCGGGACCCCAAACCAAAGGAUAUGGACGAUGCCGAAAUAGACGAGGUCGCGCGGCUACUGCGGUGGAUUUUGGAAUACGAUGCUUCAAAGCGUCCUUCGGCUGAGGCUAUCCUCGCGCAUCCGUGGUUUAGUUCAUCUUAG